GGGCUUGAAGGCAUACAGUGCAAAUAUCUCGUCAGUCGUUCCCUGUAAGAGGGAACCAAUCAGUGAACUCAACCUUUCGAUUUUGCGCGCUUACAACUUCCUGUAACUUUUAAUGCGGGUAUUUCAAAACAAACAUGGAUGCUGACCAAUCACUUCAAAUAAUACAAGAUAGAUACGACUUUAUAUUCAAAGAAAAACAACUAGAUUCUGUCAAAUCCAUCCUGAAAAACAAGGAUUGUUUCAUUGUAUUGCCAACUGGAUAUGGAAAAUCCCGCAUUUACUUCCAUUUACCAGAGCUAUUUGAGAUGACAACAACGAAGAAAUCGUCAAUUCUGGUUAUAUCACCGUUACAAGCCCUCAUGUUAGAUCAGAUGAAAAAGCUUCAAGACAUGGGUAUAACAGCCACAGUUGUAGGAGAAUGUCAAAAAGAUAAAGGUGUGGCUGAUAGAAUAUCUGCAGGAGAUUACUCUAUAGUUUUUUCAUCCCCUGAGGCUGCACUCCUGCCAGGUUUAUGGAGAAGAAGUCUUACAAGUGGAAAUUUCAACACUGCUGUAAAAGCUGUAAUCAUAGAUGAGGCCCACUGUAUAACUGAAUGGUGAGGACAGUUUCUAGUUGCAUGUAUACACAGUGACACCAGAAUUUAAUAUUUUCAGAAUUAUUUUCCUCUAUUGUUUUUGUCAUUUAAUUUAAAUUGGGGC